AUCAAUGACUUGGCCACGGAGCAGAGCGGACCUCCGUGAGAGCAGUUUCUGUUAGAGAGGCAGAGAGAGCGACAUCAGCGUCGUAUGUGGAGCCUUUGAGCAUCACAGGGAGAGCGCUCAGUCAUUCACCGACGACAAAACUGAUAUAACGUGACUAUAUACUCGAAAGAUAAUUUUUUAAACGCGUCCUCUCACUGAUUUUAUACGCUUUCAUUGCGUUAUUUUUAUUUUUUUUUGUACUGGAGGGGAACAGCGAGCGAGGCUACACUGCGGCUAAUCAAUUUCCUCUUCCAGCGCUGGGAAUUACAAUGAAAAAUGUAGGUGACACAUUUUCUUUAACAAUCCAGGAAUCACAAUAGGAUCCAAGCGAAGACGGCAAAGAAGAAAGCAGGGGGAAAAUGGUGACGGGUGCCGCAUCUAUAGGAUCAGCAUCCUCUCUGUGGAGCCCCUGCGUGAAAGAAAAGCAGUGUGGCAAACUGGUGAAGAAGUGGAUGUGAACCUGUGAGAGAAAGAGACUUGAAGAAGCAGAGGAUUUCAACAGGACUGUCCCUGUACACAUGGAGGUUUUCUGGGAGAUUUUCUGGGCUGCUUUCAAAGCUGAGGCUCUUCACUAACUAUACCUGCUCCUUUUCCACUAUUUUUACUAUCUUGUUGUUGUUGGGAUAGCGGUUACAGACCUCUUCCCUUUCUCGUCUGCUGUUUUGUUCUAAGCAAGACCAAAACCAGGUGCCAAACUGACUGUGUCAAGAGAAGAAGCAAAAAAAUCUAUGAAACUUACCAUCACCAAAUCAUCAUAAGAAGAGUUUAUUUAGUCAUUUAGCUUUGAAAACCUGAUUUAGUAACUAGAGUACAGCUUUAUUUCCCCCCUCCCCAAACCCACAAUCACAUUACAACAUCCCAUUAAAAUCAUAUUUACUCUCAACACAUUCAUCACAGCAUACUGAAGAGAUAUUUUAGAAAACAGAACAACUGCAAAACUUAAUAUCCAUUGUCUUCGGUCAGUGUUUGCAUAGUUGCUGCUCUUAAUGCUGAAACUGAGAGAUUUUUAAUACUAGGACGCUGAUCAGUGCAUUAUUGGUUCAAAGUGCUUUAUAAACAGAUCCUCCAGCCGAUGGUUUGCUUGUAGUUGUGCGUUACAGAAGAGGUGCGUGGUAAGCAGUGAUAACUCGCCACUGCGCUCUGACGACGUCUGAACAUUUUAAGACUUCGGCAGGACGGUGUUUGACUGACAGGCAACACGAGCCACGCCUAACCAGAUAAAUAUAGGCACCACCGCUGCUGCUGCUGCUGCUGCUAUCUCAAAGGCUUGGAGAUAUACCAUCGUCUCAGUCUGCGCUGUGAAACACUGUUGACACUUUGCCUAUCUCCUUCUUCCAGUUGCUUAUAUGAGAGAGGCCUCUCACUCUUUGUCGUCUUCUGUUUCUUCCACAUGUGGCGCUCGAUUAUGCCACACUGAACAACCUGAAAGCCCCCUUUAUCUAAUCCCAGUGACCUCUUCAACUUUUUGCAUUCUUCCUUUUAUUCUACUAAAAACAUGCAAUUAAAAACCUUUCACUGUAUUUACUUUUUUUGUGGAAGGAGAUCAAGUUUGUAAAAAAAAAAAAAAAAAAAGAACAUAACCUAAAGCCAUACUGAACACCAGCCAUACAAAUACCUUUCACAUUUACAAAACACCUCACAAUGUUUAAGAUUUCUUCAACAAAGUGAUCCUCAAACACAUCAGUGCACAUACACAUUCAGGGAGUCAAUGAAGAAACUGCUACUGAGAAGAACCCUAAAUUUCAUACAUUUGGUUGAACGUUCAGACUUUUCUACCUGUGUCUUUCUAGAUCGCACUACGUACUAAAUCUGUACUAAAACAGCCUGCGGUGUCAAGUGUGGCAGUGAACGUGACCGUGUCGACUUCCUGUCGUCAUCCCGUGUUCCUCUGUGUUGACGGAUGAAUCCGGACAUUUUCAUGUCUGUUCUGUGGGCAGAACCUCGCUGCCCUGCUAGAACCGGGCCCAAGCCCUCCUUCGUUCUCUUCUGUUGGGCCAAGCUAAAUUCAGAGCAAAGACACUCACACAAGGGUAUCGAACGCACAUAGAUCCUCCCCGUUUUUUAAAUCUUUUCUUUCUGUAAUUUUGUCUCCAGUUUCUCGCUAUUGAUCACUCUUUUGUGAAUGCCUUGACAUGCUCAUUUAUUGAACUGAUCUCUGUCCUCUAGUAGCUGCUGGAAGGACUUCAAGAGAUUUGAUGCUGCUUAAUGCUUUCAUUUAGCAGUACCUUUAUUAGUCCAACUCACUGUCCACAACUUCUAAAUUCACAAUUCCACUGUAAUUUAAACCAAAAUUUCAAGCAUAUUGACCUUUACUGAUUCUCUUCCUCUAAAUUAUUUGAAAAGAAGAGCUUGUUUAUUGGCAAAUUGUGAGCAUGAUGUAAAAAGAAUACAAAUUUAAGUCACAGCUUGUGCCAAAUUCAGACCAACUUCCUCUCAGCUUGUUCACUAAACAAAGCUGAGAUCUCUAAAGCUGCCAGCACUGUUGUUUACAGACACGAGACACAUAGAGCUCGAACAUUUGACUUGAUUUAAAAAACAUUAUUUUUCCAUGUAUGAUUUUACACAGCAGUUAUCCACACUGGACAACAGAAGUGCCAAACUCAAACAAGAAUACACCCAACAUCUGUUAAAGCUCAAACGUGAAAAAUAAAGUUUACAUACAGCACUAAAUGUUUACAGACUACAUUUUCCAUUGCAGUUUCUUACGUGAAUCGUAACUUUCGUGCCAUAAACGACUCCCAGAAAACUCUUCAGUAGGAGAUAUAAGACUCUCUUUCUGGAGGGGUCAUUAUAUUAAGAGUAAAAAAUUUUCUCUUUCUCAUUUUGUUUACAGAAAAUGUAAAAAUAAAAAAUACUGCCUAUUUUGAAGUUUUUGAAUUUUGGCCAAUGGACUGUAAAAUGUCACUUUGUCAACCGACAGACCAAAAGAAAAUAUCUGAUACCUGCUGCCAUAAAACAAACCACAUUAUUCUAUAUUUAUAAUCGGUUUAAGUUUUAAUUUGAAUUGAUUAUUUCAGAACUACAGCCAUUUCACAGGCAGUUCAUAUAGGGCCUAAAAACUCUGAAAGACCUCAAUGUUUACAAACGCUGCUUAAGGGAAGGAUUUGUAUACAGAGAGAAAUGUUUACAUUUAGAUGAAAGAGUGAAAUGCCAAACACAUUCAUGAUACAUUGCUUGAACAGAGUGAAUCUGCUGAACUCCAAGAGAAACCCUUUGCACCUGUGCAGCGUGUACAGAACAAGAAGGGAUUAGUUCAUCUGACUGGAGUUAAAACUUUUCAUACAAAAGGUUUUUAUAAGUCCACAAGCCGCCAUCUUGGAAGAGGACGCUGAUCAUUCGCGGCGCAUUAGGAACUGUUAAGGUGAAUUUUUUUUUUUUUUUACAACGGCUCAAGAACUUGUGUGUGUUAAAACAAUGAAACCUACAAUUUCAAGAGGGAUGUUUUGCUUGUCCCUUGUUCUCCUGCUUUUCUCCUGCCUCACUGUUUCCACGGUAACCAUCACCACAGAGCGACGCGCUCUUGAUAGCGAUGUCAGGACUCUGACCAGCAGCAGUAGCUCCGCUGCAGCUGGUAAAAGGAGCACCACCUUGUUCCUCCUGACCGGCUACAAGCCACCACUGCCACCGCUGCCCGCUGGACCCAAAGUGGCGCCAAAAGCAGCCGAGGUGGAAGAUGGAGAUGAUCCACCAGUUAUGGCCGAGCUCCCUCCAAAGCCCCUCCCUCAGACCAUGUUGCCAAGGAACAUGACGGCCGAUGCCCUGAAGCCUCCACUCGGUGCGGCCCAGGUGGCUCCACCUCCCAGACAGCUGGUGGACGUGGACGUGUGCAGGGGCUAUUACGACGUAAUGGGGCACUUUGACAGCACGUUCAACUGCUCCAAGGGCAGCUACAUCUACUGCUGCGGUACCUGCCACUACCGGUUCUGCUGCGAGCACCAGAGGAACCGGCUGGACCAGAACGCCUGCCACAACUACAUCACUCCCGUCUGGGCCGACCCACAGGGCCCGGUCACCGUGCCCGUGGGCAAUAAGCCCGACCCGGACUUUGAGACGCUCCAGCAGCAGAACAGCAGUACGGCCUAUGUGAUUGGAGGGGUGAUCUCCUUCACGCUAGUGAUGGCCGUCGGCGUCAGGAUUGCCUUCAGCAAAGUGGCGCGAAGACCUCGCAACAGGGACAUCAACAUGCCCAGAUCACUGGUGGAUAUCUUACGUCACCAGUCGAGCCCGGUGCAGCAGGGAGAGAGGAACAACACCGCAGUGUUGGCUACCACCACCUCAGAUGGACGGACAUCCAAAAACCUCUACACCCCCAUCCUGCAGAGCAAAGACAACCGGACUGGGAACUUGCACCACCAUUUUAACCAGCAGGGGUCUGCUUCCAGCCCCAAACACUCUGCUACCAUCGAGCGUGGGCCCCGUAUGAACAACACCUCGCAGCUCUCCUCUGGACCCUCCCUGCUUUCAGGUAGCGGUAAAGGUCCUGGUGGUGGUGGCGGCGUUGGUGGCGGCAGCAUCAUCGGAGGGAGCAUGAGACACAACAGCAGCCACCCUUCCUUCUCCCACUCCUUCCACAACCUGGCCCAGCUGCCGCCGUCUUACGAGAUGGCCAUGAAACCUGAGAUCAACCGCUACAGCUCCCUGAAGAGGCUGGAGAAAGAACUUGACGAGUACUCCAGCUACUACAGCUCCAAACGUCGCUCCAACAAUGCUCCGCCCUCCUUCCACUCCUCGCAGCACCACCUACCCUGGGCAGGCGAGUACACGCUGGGAUCCAGGGGCACGCUGCCCCUCCAUGGCUCCCGGCCCCGCCUCCACAUCCCCGCCUCCACCCCGAACCCGUACCCUCUGCCCGCCCAGUCGCAGUACACCAGCUCCAGCUUCGACAGGCCGCCGCGCCGCGUCCGCUCCCAGGACCAGCUGCUUGCGCUUGGGGAGGGCAACACGCUGUCCCGCCUGUCCAAGAACCAGCAACACCAGUACUACAAAGCCAUGAUGAGCACCAGCAGGGGCUCCAACUCGCAGACGCUCCGCAGGUCCCAUGAGAGGCUUCUGGUUUCACCUGACCGUCUGGAGGACCAGCUGAUGGCGAUGGGUCUGAUGGUCGGAGGAGGUGACAGAGGAGCAGGAAGCGGGAUGGUGCCCACCAUGGGCCGGCUCAGCCACCACCAGAAGGCCCAGUCACAGCAGAACAUCUGCGUCACGCCAUCCAUGGACCGCCACCACAUGAUCAAGAUGAACUCCCACCCGACGCCAGGCCACGACCACGACCGCAGCUCCGCCGCCAUGCCCGGGAUGGGCAUGCACGGCGGCUGGGACCCCCAUGGGGGCCACAGUGGAGGCGGAGGCGGAGGUGGAGGUGGAGGUGGCGGGGUAACGAUCGGAGGUCACCAUAACGCCCGACGGAUGGCUUUCGCCAACAAGAGGCAGAACACCAUCGAACAGCUGCACUUCAUCCCCGGAGGAGGAGGAGUGCAGGGACUGCGGACUGGGAGUAAGAAUGAGGUGACAGUGUGAGAGAGGCGCAGAGAGAGGAAGAUGAAGAGUAGAGAGGUGAAGGCUGAAGUUGUACAGAAGCUGAAGAGGCAGACAGUGGAAAGGGAGGUGGCGAGGCAUUUAGUGGGAGAGAUGAGCAGGAUAAGGCCAGAUAACUAUGAAAAAGAAAUGAGGAAGAGGUUUGAUCUCAGCUGGCUGCCUCACAGGGCUGCACUCUGCCCUGAGAACGAGCAGCAGACAGCCCCCCCUCCCCUUCGUAAAACAAAAAAGUGGUGGAAGACAACAUUAAUCUCAUAGCGAAUAUAGCCAAUUGAUUUUCUCCUUGUCACUUUGUGUUUUGAAAAAGAGAAUAUUCAGCCAUUCUUUGUAAAGGGAAUACAGAAAUGUCCACUUUAAAAGAGCAAAAAAUAUCAUACGAGUGCAGUUUCAAGGCUGCUGGGUAUCCACUGUGACUUUUAUUGAAGGAUACCCACUGAGUCAAAUUUGUUGAAUUGUCCUUGAGUUUUAUUGCACUGUCCUCUGAGUCCUCGAGAGCUCUGACAGAUUCAUCUGUCUUUGAAUCCACUGUGGGUGGUAAAGAGCACUGAGGCAGAGACAGACGGGUUUGCUUGUCUUUGUAUUUAUAAAAAGUAUUUAAAACCAAACAAGUUGCUUUUGUAUGAAAUUAACCUGAUGAUAAUAAUAAUAGUAUUAACAUUACUGAGCCCUGUAAGACUUUGUGUAUACUUGGUUUAAAACAUAUUUAACCUUUAGCUAGCCAGUUUGUAACUUAAAGGCUGGACAUGUGACCUGCCUGUCAUUUCUUUCUCUAGUUGUGAUUGGACUAUAAUAAAAGUAAAACUGAAAAAAUAAUCCAGCCAAGUACAGUUAACUGUCAUUUGAUUCCCUUUAUGGCUCGAUUUACUCUAGAUAAUGAUAUAAACCAUUUUGGGGGGGGAAACAAGACCACAAACUGCUGCUAUAAAGACCCAGUCACACCAGCAUUUAACUGGCAAAAUUUGGUGGCAAAAUUUAAUCCUCAUUUCAAUAAAAUUGCUGCAAUCCCUAGAUUUGCUUACGGGGGCAUUAAGUGCAUGUGGCAAGUGAGUUUGAAUAAUAGCAAACUGUCUAUCAGUGCUUACCGUUGAGGGAAUGGAGAGAAGCUAUCGUAGCUUAUUAGCUACGUGUUGCACCAUCCACUUUUAUUUAACCUCCUCUGUCUGUAUAAACUGCUCCACAAAAGAGGCGUGAUUUACAGACAGUCAUGAUACAGGAGUCAAUGGUGUAAUACGUCUUUUGAAUGAAUUGUUUGAAUGUAUUGUCCCGUUUGCGACCAAGCUAACGAGGUUGCUACCCGUCAGUUAGCAAAAAGCUUUCUUUUUUUCUUCAGUAAAACACUUUAUUGACUGAAAUGAUGAAUAAGUCUGAUUUUAAAAAUGCCAGAGUGGAGUUAACAGCCCAGUACAGAGAAAAUAAAAGAAGCUCUGGGAGUUAUUGUGACUGACUAGCGCUAGCAUGCUCCCUGCUUGCUAGCGUGUUAGCUUGUUAGCUACAGUUGUUCACCAACUAGCCCUGCGAGUAAUCACUAAGUCACCAAGCUUGAAGCACCACAUAUUUUGCAAAGAUUACUUUCUGGAGUGACCGGGCCUUAAAAGUGAAAUCCACUUAGUAUGAUUUUAGCUAACUUUAAAGCCUUUGUACAGUGAACUCUAGUGGGUGUAUAUCAUCUAUGAAACAUUGUGCUGUGACCCUUUGCGUAAUAAUUAGUUUUAAAAAAAAUUGGAAUUAGACCACUCAUAAAGAAGAACCGACCUCAUGCAGACUCUGUAUGGGUCAAACAUUUUAAUAUCAACCAUGACUGACCAAACAUCCCUCAACCACUGUUUUUAAACUUUUCAUUGUGAGUUUGUAGAAAGUCGAGGGUUUCUUUUUGCCGCUGACUGGUGUUCAGCAAACCUUCCCGUACUUCUACGAUGACACGUGUUACCUGCAAGUUCAGCUGCUCACCUCAUAUGAAGAGAAGGGGGGGCAGACGGGUUCGAGGCGGGGGACAAUGGACACUUCACACCAAGGGCUAUACUGAAUUAUCUUUGUGUGUCUGUGCUCUGUACAGUGUCUGCUUCUCAUUUUCAUUUCCUCUGUGUGUCAGUGCUGGGAGGCAUGCUUGUGCAUAUAUGUUCACUGAUUUAUUUUUUUUCUUUUCUUUUCUUCUUCUUCUAGUGUAGAAAGAAAAUAUAAACAUGCAAGCAAAUUCUGCAAAGCAAAGGGACUUUUGUGCAACAUGUAAAAACACACGACCAUGAUUAAUUUUUCGUUGUUGCGGGAGAAAAGGUGGCCAUGAUGAUGUCAUUUUUUGGUACAUUUUUUGUGUUUUUCUGGCUAUGAGAUGGACCUUCUAGCCAUUCAGGCUGGAUUUCCCCUCUGUGGAGGUUUAAAGGACUCAGGAGGCCUUGUUUUAGGCUUUCAGCUUCCCCUCUGAGUUGCAUUUCGAUAAAGACAGACAUGAUUGAUUACUGAGCGAAGUUUCCUGCCAGCCAUUUUUAGUCUUUUACUACGAUACAUGUGCUCAUGUUAAUGGUUUAUGAUCAUACGUGUAAAGACUCCCCCUUGAUCAGACUAUGAACGCUCUUAUCAUGAAUCGAAUAUUGUUUUUGGGUUUGUUUUUUUCUUUCUUCUUUUUGUCUUUUACUUAAACAUGUAUUUAUUUUUUUAAUCUCUGUGAAUUUUAAUGUAUAAUCCUGGAUUUUCAAUAUUCAAACUUUCUAGUGGAAUAAAAAAAACAAACAAAAAAAACAAAAAAAAACACAUUUGUGUUCUCGAGAACAAAAAGAGCUGAUGCAAUCAAAGAGAAAAGACGAACCGCAUGACGAUGUCAGAAGCCAGUGUUGAUGAUGUCACAGUGCUGACUUAUGAUGUCACGGCGUGUAUGUGUGUAAAUGUACAUGUGUCUGUUUUAAUUUGUGUGCCCGUGUGUGUAGCUCUCUGUGUCUUCUUCUUCUUCGGAAUGCUGAACCUCACUUUUGACCAAACUUUGGCGUCUUCAGCACAUGACGAUUUUAAAGACCCGCGUCGCGGUCGUUACGUGUUCAUAUCAACUUGUAAUGAAAUUUACGGCCUGCCGUUGAAUUAAAUAAAAGGGACAUUGAUCAAUCACAGCUUUUUCUUGUCGAGCUACGUUCACCAAAGCGAGGACUUUUUCAGACAUUUGAAAAUGUACACUACUGAAGGCUUAUAUUGUGUCAACUUUUGGUAUUUGACUAAAAGUGAAACAGCUGAGCGUGUCAUUUCUGAUGUCGCAAAUCCCGUGAUGUCACUCGGCUGAUGAGUUUGUGUCGCUGCCCUGUGACUUGAAUAUGAAUUUGCAAAAGGCGAUUUGUUUUUCAUAAACAACCUGCUCAUUUGUGCUCAUUUUAACAGAACUUAGAGUUGCAAUACAUGUGAAGGGGGGAAAACUAAUUGCCUUCAAGUGUUUUUUAGCAGUUGAGGAGGAGAAUGUAUUGUGACUUGCGUUUGGCUGACAGGACUGGAAAGGCUCUGUGGUUUUUACAAUGAAAACAUCUCAUUAAGUUUCAAAAGAGGAAGAGGCAAAAAAGAAGGGGGGGGGGGGUGUAAAUGACACGUGAAAUUUCAGUUGUAUUUUUAAUGUCUCAUUCCUCCUCAUACCUUCUGAUACAGAUGUUGUAAUUCACGUUCAGUUAAUUGCUCCCCUGAUAAAACUGUGUGCCUGUAUGUGUGUUGGUGUGUAUGCGCGGUUGUGUGUACAUUUAUUUAUUACAUCCCCCUUACAUGUCUAUUUCCGAGAAUAUCCAAACAAAGGUCUCACAGAUGUGCAACCCUUUUGUUAUUGGUGAUCAUUUCUUGCGUUUGUAGAAACCAUACUGUUUUAAUUGAUAAUAACAAUAAAAAAAAUCCCACUAAA